AUGAGCGCCUGGAGAACGACCCCAACAUCAUCGUGUGCUGGAAGUGACGCAGCGAUAGCCCUCGCUAGCGCUGUGUCCCCCCACGCGUCCCCUCUGUGUCCCGCCUUGUCCCCGCCACGUGUCCCCGGAGCGCCCCGCUGGCUGCGGCCACUCCUCCGCGCCGCCAGGGGGCACCAGAGGCCGCCCCGCGCCGCUGCUGCAGCCGGCCCGCGGCGAGUCCUCCGCGCCGCCAGGGGGCGGGAGCGGUGGCGCCGUUGCCACAGCGACGCGGACGCCAUGGCCGCCGUGCCCGGCCCGCUGCCGCCCGCCGAGGCCGAGGCGCUGGUGCGAGCCCUGCAGGGCUCCGAGCUGCGGGACGUCGGCGGGCAGGGAUGGCUUCGGCAGCACGAGUACGUGGAGAAGCUCAACAUGCACGGCAUCCUGAGCGCUUCAGCGGGCCAGGAGCAGCUCCUCACCGAGCUGCUGGUCACCCAUGCCAAGAUUCCUGUUCUCAUUGGGGAGCUGAUCACUGUGGAGAUCUGGAAGCACAAGAUCUUUCCCGUGCUGUGCCGGCUGGAGGACUUCAAGCCAAGAAGCACCUUCCCCAUCUACGUGGUGCUGCACCAUGAAGCCUCCAUCAUCAACCUCCUGGAGACAGUGUUCUUUCACAAGGAGAUCUGUGAGUCAGCAGAGGACAGCAUUCUGGAUUUGAUUGAUUAUUGCCACCGCAAGCUGACCCUGCUGGCAGCUCGGAGCACCAAGGCACAAGCAAUGACCUCAGCAGAGCUUCGUGCUGAGCCUCUGGCCAGCCCCUCGUCCAUGCAGGAGCUGCAGAAGCAGGCAGAGGUGAUGGAGUUUGAGAUUUCCCUGAAGGCCCUGUCUGUGCUGCGGUUCAUCACUGACCAGGUGGACAGUCUGCCCCUGAGUGCCCUGACACGGAUGCUGAAUACCCACAACCUGCCCUGCCUCCUUGUCGAGCUGGUGGAGCAUUGCCCCUGGAGCUGCUGGGAAGCAGGCAAGCUCAAGAAGUUUGAGAAUGGCACAUGGCACGUGGUGCCCCCUGAGGACCAGGUGAAGAUGACCAAACUCGAUGGGCAGGUGUGGCUUGCCCUCCUCAACCUCCUGCUCAGUCCCGAGUGCCAGCGCAAAUACCGCUUCGAUGGCUUCAACAAGAGCCAGCUCCUCAAGCUUCGUGCAUUCCUGACAGACAUCCUCAUUGACCAGCUGCCCAACCUGGUGGAGAUGCAGAGAUUUCUGAGCUACCUCGCAGUGACAGAGCCUGCUCCCCCCAAAAAGGAUCUCAUCCUGGAGCAGGUUCCUGUCAUCUGGGACCAUAUCCUCAAGAAAAACUCGGGGAAGUGGGAGGCCAUUGCCAAGCACCAGGUGAAGCACGCCUUCAGCCCCACUGAGGAGGAGCUGAAGCUGCAGGCACGCAGGUGGGCACAGACCUACAGCCUGGACAUGAUGGAGGCUCUGGCCCCUGACAAGCCCCGCUGCAGGGUGUGUGGUGUAGAAGCAGCCAAGCGCUGCUCUCGCUGCCGGAACGAGUGGUACUGCACACGGGCAUGCCAGGUGCAGCACUGGCAGAAGCACAAGCCUGCCUGCAACCUGAUGGCCGCGGUGCCAAGGAGUGUGGAUGAUCUGUAAGAAAAGUGGUGUCUGGCAACUGGCCCAUGGCUCAGAGAGGCAGAGGUUCCCCCGGUGUGCAGCUCAGAGCUGGAAAGAAGCUGGCAAAGGCCCCUUCUGCCUGCUCCCAGCUGCAGGCACCACUAGCCAGGGUCAGCCUCUCCUCUCCCACCACCUCACCAUGCUGCCUUCUCCAAUAAACCUCCUUGUGCACCC